GUCAGAUGUCGCUAGCGCUGCUUCCUAAAGUCAUGGCGGAAUAGUUCUAAUAAUUCAACGAUUUAUUCAUAAUUCGUGGGUAGAUUUGUUAUUAUUACCGGUGUCGAAAUAUUAAACGCUUAUCCUGUUCGUAUUCGUAUAGUGAGAGUCUAAUAAACGUUCGUCCGACACCUUACUCAAAUAUUGCCAACAUUGUUGAAAAGUAAUUUCAGUGGUAAAUAUUCGCCAAAUAUUUAAUACAGAGCCGCUCGAAUAUAUUUAUUACGUUUAGCAUGACGCAAUAGGUACUACCGACGUCAAAAUAUUUAGCGCUGCAUAGACAGACGGUGGUUAUGAACGAAGGUUCCCCAAUAAUGUAUCAUGGGAACGGCUACGGAGGAGGAGUGUAUAUGGUCCCUGGCCAGAUAGACAGGUCACGGCAGUAUCCCUUGGAGAUGCUCCAAGUGCUAAGCAGCGCUGGGCGCGGCAACGGUGAGCACGGGCAGGGAGCGCCGCGGCGGUGGCAGGCGCGCCGAGAGCGACAGCCCAGCAACAAGGACAAUACCGCCUUUAGCUACGACUCUGAUGACUCCAGUUUAUCUAGCAAUGCGUCUGGAUCGAAUAAAUCUAGUGAAAAGGGUGAGGGCAGUUCCCGGGCAGAGCGCAGCGCUGUGCAGACGGCGGGAGGCGCAGCGCCCGUGCAGCAGCAGCAACGAGAAUGGCGUGCGAGGCCAAAGCGAGACUUCCGUCCCCGCAGGAUCCCCCUCGAGCGUUUCGCCACCGCCGCAUAUCCUUCACAGAUUAAGUUCACACCCGAUGAUUUACUUAAUGGAUCAAAGUGGGAUUCCCUGUCACAAGAGAUUUGGGACAAGUUCAUGAAGUCGCAGCAGACGGACGAAACAUUCAGGAAGAAAAUGAACUUGUGGCGCUACUUGAGCAUGGCCAUCAGGUCAAUGUUCCCCCGCUACUCGCUGUACGUGGUGGGCUCCACAAUGUCGGGCUUCGGGCUGGACAACUCGGACAUGGAUCUGUGCCUGCACGUGCGCGCGCACCAGCACGUGGAUGCGCGCGCGCAGGCCCUGCUGCAUCUCAACUACCUGCUCGACUACAUUCGCACCUUCGACUCGGGUGCGGAACUGAUCCACGCCAAGGUGCCGAUCCUGAAGUUCCGCGAUGUGCGCAACGGCCUCCAGGUCGACCUCAACUGCAACAACGUCGUCGGCAUUCGCAACACCGACAUGCUCAUAUACUUCUCCAGACUGGACUGGCGCGUGCGGCCGCUGGUGACUGUGACCAAGUUGUGGGCGCGCGCACAUCGCAUCAACGACGCGCGUCGCCGCACGCUCUCCUCCUACGCGCUCACCCUCAUGGUCAUACACUACCUGCAGUGUGGUACGAACCCGCCCCUGCUGGUGCGACCGGAGGCGGCUCACGAGCGGCGCGCGCACCACAACCGCGCCACUCUCGCCGAACUCUUCCUGCACAUGCUCAAGUACUAUGCGGACUUCCCAUAUGAACAAAUGGCGAUAUCGGUCCGCGUGAAGAGACUGCCGCUGGCGGAGUGCCGCGUGCACGACCCUCAUCAGUGGAAGUGGCUCUGCGUGGAAGAACCAUUCGACUUGUCGAACACUGCGCGCUCUGUGUACGACCCGGAGAUGUUCGAGAAGAUAGUGUCGACGUUCAGGGAGAGCUACAAGCGGCUGUCGGUCGGGCUGCGGCUGGCGGACGCGUGGCCCGCUGACCGAUGAUGGCCGCCCGCCAGUGUACUGUGUCGCAGUGUCAGUGUUAGCGGCCCGAGCCCGUGCCCCGGUGUACUGUGUCACAGUGUCAGUGUUAGCGGCCCGAGUCCACGCCCCGGUGUACUGUGUCACAGUGUCAGUGUUAGCGGUCCGAGCCCGUACCCCGGUGUACUGUGUCACAGUGUCAGUGUUAGUGGUCCGAGCCCGUACCCCGGUGUACUGUGUCACAGUGUCAGUGUUAGUGGUCCGAGCCCGUACCCCGGUGUACUGUGUCACAGUGUCAGUGUUAGCGGCCCAAGUCCACGCCCCGGUGUACUGUGUCACAGUGUCAGUGUUAGCGGCCCGAGUCCACGCCCCGGUGUACUGUGUCACAGUGUCAGUGUUACCGGCCCGCCCUAUCGCCUCCCAGUGUCAGCGAUCGCCAAAUUAUCUGUAUCGGUCAAUGCGGACUCUGAAACCUGUGGUACAAUUUCUGAUGGAGUUACACAUUUAUGUUUCCGAAGAUAUAGUACCAUAAAUAUUGUCGUGCUAAAUUGGCCACAACACGACCUGUGAUUGCUAUCACUGGACAUAUAUCAUUGGACAGCGCUGGUGACGGGCACCGGAGCCGAUCAGGUAUCGUAACCUCCCUGGCUGUGAUAAGCGACUGAUGUCCUUAUGAGUAAGUCAUAGAGUAAGUGUUGUAAUUGUACUUAUGUCUUUGACAUGACUUAUUAAAGUUGGAACAAAUAUUAUCAAAUAAUUAAAAAAUCCAUCGUAUAAAUAGUGUGACUAAAUUUCCUAUCAAAAUAACGCGGACAUACACAUAAUGCUAUUUUGAAUAUUAACAUCAUGGUGUGGUAUUUUGAAAGGGCAUUUAGUUACAUUCCAAAAUGGACUCCUUGUCGUAAAAAUUUUAGUGAAUAGCCACAGCUGGACUACUAGUUCCUAAUGUUAUAGUCAAAGUAACACAACUCCACUAUUCCAGCCACUGAUAACGGGUUGCGUAUUUUAGUUUAAUAUUUUAUAUUGUACAUAGAGCAAAUGCCACUAUGAAAAUUAUAUGUUUGAACCCAUAGUGCCAUAUUAUUAAGGUAUAUUCACAUAACUUAUUUAGGACUGGCAUCACUUGUGCAUUUAAUGAUAAAUCUUUGGAUAAGGUCGAGGAAACUCUGGCUGUAGUCGAAAUGUGGGAUGUUCCGCUGAAAGACAUUGUUGGGAACAGAGUGAAGUUGUUGAUGUGCUUCUUACAUAUUCAUUGUGCAACUCGCUUCACUGAAUUUAGAUAAUCCCAAAUAUAUAUCUAUGAUUUCAAUCCUCAAAAC